UAGCGCCAGCUGUGAGAUCGACGACGAAACGUAAGAGGGGCAAAACUUUCUGGGAAAGAGAUGGAGUGGGUGGGGGAGCUUCAACGUGGAGCAUUUCAAGUGGGCGAUAUUCUUUUCGACAGUGCAGACGAUGUCUCGCCUGUAGAGGAUGGUGAAGGUGGGCAGGAUGAGGAAGACGUGGUCAACUAUUAUGCAAAUAUUAGCGCAGUGUGCGAUGAUUGGGAAAUCGAAAGUGAGACGAGCCGUGGGUUGGACAUCGUGUGGGAACUGGAGGAGGGGCCGGAUCCCCAGCUCGAAGCUAACAUCCACUGGACGCGGGUGGAGGACAUGAUGGGAAAGUGCGAUCUACGCGACCUGUUGGAGGAAAGGCAAGGGAGGGGCGAGAUGGGUGAGAAGGAUGACAGAUGGGAUGAUAGAGUGGAGGACAAGCACGGCGACGGACGGGGAGGGAAUGGAAGGGGUGAUGGGGCCAAGGAAGGUAACUGCGAUAAUAACAAUAAUAACUAUAAUGACAGCUUCAGCAAAGAUGGUCGCAUCAACGACAGUUUCAUCGACGACAGCAGGGAUGGCGUCAGUGGCAAGCUCAGUAGUAAUGUUCGUGUAUCCGCUUUCAUCACCUGUACGGGGGGAGAGGGGCGGGGAUCGGCUGACGUACACAGGGAUAAUUGCAACAAAAACAAGAACAACAAUGACUACAACAGCAACAACAACAACAACAACAACAACAACAACAACAACGACGAUAACAACAACAACAACAACGAUAACUAUGAUGACAGUUUCAUCGACGCCAGCGGGGAUCGCGCCAGCGGCAAGCUCAGCAGCAAGGUUAGUGGUGUAGGUUAGUGAGUGUGUUGUUUCUUGCCUGGGUAGUGAAUAUGUUGUUUCUUGCCUGCCCCUUUUUUUCAUACAUGACAUGCAGAUGUAUAAGCAACACCCUGUGUAUGUUGUGUGUGUAUGUUGUGUGUGUAUGUUGUGUGUGUGUGUGUGUGUGUGUGUGUGUGUGUGUGUGUGCGUGCCUGUUUGUGUGUCAGAGGCCCCCAAGAACCUCAAUCCAUCCCAAGACAUUCACAAAACAAUGAUCAGAAUGCAGGUGCUCCGUGUUCGUGUGGUUGAGCGGGGACUACCAUGUGCUUGCACCGAAGAACAAAUGAACUAACAAACAAGCACACCCUCAGACACCAUUCAAGCAUCAACCUCCACCCAAUCAAACACAAAAGACUAACAUCCAUCACCAGUAUCUGUUGUCAUGUUCACUGUACACAACUCCACAAAAAAGUAUGGCUGCAUGCGCGCGCGUGCACGGGAGAGAGAGAGAGAGAGAGAGAGAGAGAGAGAGAGAGAGAGAGAGAGAGAGAGAGAGAGAGAGAGAGAGAGAGAGAGAGAGAACAGCCCCCAUAAUGCACAUUAUCUGCUUCAAUCAGUUUCAUAUCCGAUCUUCUCCAUAGAGCGCCACUCAAUGAGGACUCCAGGUUAACUUCAUACUAGUUCAUAAGACAAUGGCCCCCACUGCAAGGGUUAGGCCCUACCUGUGGCAAGUUUGUACUCAAAAAGCAUGAAACUGAUCACAUUCGAUCUUGAAAACCAUAAACCUGGAAAUGAGCACGGUCAUGUUUUAGCUUUCUUAAGAAAAACAUAGCUCCAGUGUGCCCUGGCCCAUACCUAUGUGUCUGAUCUAACCCUAGGUGCAUGCGUUUUCAAAUUCUUUUCUUUGGCUCCAUUGUAAACGCAC